GCGCCCUCUAGCAUUCUUCUUACGUUGUUUAUGAUAGCAAAGGCCGUGGGUUUUCUGGCAAAAAAGAAAGAGAAAGAAAAAUGACUGAAGUCAGCUGGAAAUUAAAUUGACUUUAUCGACGUCCGAAGGUAUUGUGGCCUCUGCCGAAGGUUGUUUUGGUUACUAGCUGCCUGAGCAGGAAGAAGAAUUUUUGCAUGCUUUACGCUUUAUGCCACAAGAAAUUGUGCAGCAUGAGCUACCCGGACAAAACGGAAGGUACCUCUAAAGAAGAGUGGGUCACACGUCUAGAAAAUGCACAUAUCCAACGUGCAGACAUGAACAAGCUCAUCAUGAACUAUCUUGUGACAGAGGGUUUCAAAGAAGCGGCAGAAAAGUUCCAACAAGAGUCUGGAAUCGGACCUUGCAUGGAUUUGGACUCUAUGGACGAUCGCAUUCGCAUUAGGGAUGCUAUUCAAAACGGCCGAAUCCAAGAAGCUACUUCUCUUGUCAAUCAGCUGCACCCUGAACUGUUAGACAAUGACCGCUACCUUUAUUUCCACUUGCAGCAACUUCAUCUGAUUGAGCUGAUUCGAUCAGGGCAGGUUGAGGAAGCCUUGAGCUUUGCCCAAAAUCACCUCUCAGAAGCGGGUGAAGCAGAUCCUGCUGUGCUGAACGAGCUUGAGCGAACAUUGGCACUGCUUGCUUUUGAUGAACCAACGCAGAGCCCUUUUAGCGACCUCCUCCUACCCACUCAUCGACAAAAGGUCGCAAGUGAACUGAAUGCUGCUAUCUUGAAAACGGAGCACUUGGAGUCUACAAGUCCUCGUUUGUCAAACCUAUUGAAGCUUAUCCUGUGGGCGCAAGAUGAGUUAGAUAAACGUAAGGUCAAAUACCCAGCUAUGACCAACAUAGGAAAUGCUCUAAUCGAGGGGCCUAAAUGAUCCAAGCAUCAUGGCAUCAAGAAGCGGAAGAAAGAGAAGAAACGGCCUCACCAUUGAAAUGGAAGUGACUGUGCUGAGUGAUGGUUUCUUAAAAGAAACAUUCCUGCUACUUGGUGCAAAAGUUCCUUGAGAAUAACUUUCUUUGUAAGUGAUUUUAUACUGAGGGAAAACUAUUUACAAAAAUCAGUUAGUGUUGAUUAACACAAUUCCUUUCUCUUCUUUUCUCUGUCUCUAUUUUAAGAGAUUACUUAAAAGUUUUUUUUUUCUUUUGUAUAUACUUUAAGGAAUGUUUGGUUCAUUCAAUACUCUGAAGCAAGGAUCUGCUUGCAAUGCAAAAAGAAACAAGGCUUCUAUCAGCUUUAGAAAUUUGUUGGGUGAUUCUAGAGUUCUGGGAUUAUCUUAUCUUAUUAAGUAACCUGUUUCUUUUCUGUGGUGUAUCUGUUCUUUUCUUUUGUCUGCUUUGAGAGGAGUACGUCUUAAAUUUAUACAGGAAACUAAAGAGAUGUUUUCCACAAAAGUUUUGUACAUUUUUUGAUUUGAGAUGUAAUUAGUACCUUUAAUGGAUUUUUUAAAAAUGUUGUGUAGAUGGCUAAGUUAUUGCACAUGUGCUCGAUUAUGUGCAUGGUUAGUUCUGUUAAUUAUUUAUUUAAGUCAUUUUAGUUGUGUUAUACUCCUUAAAAUAUUUUUAGGGGAUGGAAUCUUAAAAUUGACCAUCUAUCUACCAUAAGGAUCCCCAAUGGUUCUCAAUAUUCUUGUGAAAGCAAUUGAUCACUAUUACAAUACAAAGAGGCAAGGAUAAAAAAAGAUAAGACUGUUAAGAUUGGGAACACAUCAUUACUUUACCUGUUUUUGCCCUACUUUCUGUUUUUUUUGGGGGGUGUCACUGAAGUAUUGUAAAAUUAUCUUAAACAAAGUGGUUUGGAAUAGGAGUCCUUUUUAUGACACAUGGCUUGAAUUUUCCUUCAGAUAAGCUUACUCCUUAGUGAUUUUUAUUUGUUUUUAUUGACUCUACAAAUUAAAAACAAUGGUGAAGAACCACUUUCAAUCCCAUUACCUGCAUGUUCAUGUUUUAUCUUUUCAACUACUGAGUCAUUAGCCACUUGCAUCCUAAGCCAAGUCGUUUUUGAUGUAUGUGUGAUGUUUGAAAUACAUUUCUAACAAAUAUCCCA